AUGGGUGACCAGCGUCACAUGGAGCACCGACCGGUGCAGACCAGCGCAGUCUAUGUGCUCGGCGCAACUCACGGCGACUCAAUGCCGCCUCCUUCUCCCCCUUCACCACCGGUAUCCCCACCUGAGGAGGAGUUUUUCGAAGAACUUGAGGAAUUGUCCUUGGGAUCGCCCGACGACAUCCCCGAGAGUGACGAGAACUGCACCAAAGUUCAGGACCGCCUGCACGCCGCCACACAUGUCCUCAAGACGGAAGCCGCGGCGUUGCGGGCUGUCGCCAAUUUGUACGAGACAGACCCGGUGGCCCGGGACGGCUUCAACAGGACGGUCGCGGCAGUCACACGGCACAAGGGCGAAAAGGGCAAGCUCAUCAUUACGGGCGUGGGCAAGUCCGGCCACAUCGCCAACAAGCUGGUGGCGACCUUUAACAGUUUAUCCAUCACAUCCGUUUUCCUCAACCCCAUUGACGCUCUCCACGGCGACCUGGGCAUUAUUCAAAAACACGACAUUCUCAUGUUCAUCACAUUCUCAGGCAAGACGUCGGAACUCUUCAGCUUAUUACCACACCUCGAAAAACCCGCAUCACUGGUCAUCCUCACGGGGCACACGAGACCGGACACCUGCGAGCUCAUCAAGCUCCGGCCGGACACGAUCCUCCUGCCAGCGCCGGUCCAUGAGAGCGAGACGGCGUCGUUCGGAGUGUCGGCGCCGACGACGUCCACGACGGUUGCCCUGGCUGUGGGCGACGCGCUCGCCAUCGCCGCGGCGCAGGAGCUGCACCCGAGCGUCGCGCAGGUCUUCUCGCGGAACCACCCGGGCGGCGCUAUCGGCGCGGCCUUCCGGAAGCCGCAGACCAUCAUCGACCUCGCCGUCCCCUGGGCCGACAUCGUCGACUCGGACAACCUGUGCGCGGACACGAGCGUCGGCGCGGACCUUUUCCGCGCCGCGUACGACUCGGCGUCCGGGUGGGUGCGUGUUGGCGGCGACGUGGCGUCGCCGAGCAGAAUCCGGAAGCUCGCGACGGCGGACUUUGCGCGGCGCCUGGGGGACAUACCCGGGCUGAUGGUGCCGCGGGCCGAGAUGCUCUCCAUCUCGUCUGGGACGAGCAUACGGCGGGCCGUGGACUUUGUGAGGAGCAUGCAGGGUGCCGCAGACGACGGCGAGUACGUCUGCAGCUCCGACUCGAUCCUGGCCAUCCUCGACAACGGGGAGAUGGUGGGCGUGUUGGAGGUUGGGAAGCUCUUGGAGAGGCGGGAUUGA